AUGUGUCGGUCAACUGUGGAAAAAGAAGAGGUUUUCCUCAGCCAAAACGCGGCUGGAGGCAACAAUGACGCCACGUUGAAAGAAAUCGGAGGCCACGUGGAGCGGCUUAGCAUUGUGACCUAUAUUGUUCUGGCCAUUAUUGGACUCGUAGCAGUUUAUGUGGGCCUGCGGAUGUACAGGAGCUGUCACCGCACAUGGAUCCAGCAGGAAAUUGGGAUGAGUACCAUGCAGAGAAUCAGAUCAUCCAUCAGAGGGCGCACAGAAGUAGAAAUACGUAAUUAUUUAGUAAAAAAAGGACAAACUAGAUAUAAGGGUAAUGUUAUUUCAACUAAGUUAGAUCAAGCAAAAAGCGCAUAUGAAAACUGUUGUAAAAUAUAUUUACUUAUUGAAAAAAGUAAAGAUAUUAAUUUGAAAUCGACAAUAGAUCUUUAUCAGAAAAUAAAACAAAAGUACGAGGAAAUAGAAAAAUUGUGUACUUUUCCCGUUACAGUAGAUUUAGGCAAAAUGGAUUUUGACAUAAAGGUGGCGUGUAGUUUGAUUCCAGUAAUGGACGGUGUAGAGGCCACCACUAAGCGCCUAAUAGACUCAGUGGAGAUGUAUGCUGACAUGCUGGACAACUCAGGUAAAGUAUUAUUAAUUAUUUUUGUUUUGAAAAGUCGGUUGAAUGAAAAUGCAAAAUUACGAAUUGCAAGCUCAUACAAAACUAUCCAAGAAUUAAUUGAUGAUAUGAGGAAAUAUCUUUUACCCAAAAAAUCAUUUAUGGCUAUACAGACGAAGCUUCAGAAUAUUCAACAAGGCUCGAGAUCCAUUGAGGAUUAUGGUACGGAGGUAGAAAAGUUAUUUACAGAGCUGACAAUUACUCAGGCAGAUGGAAAAGAGGAAGUAUUCUCGAUUUUAAAACCAAUCAAUGAAAGUUUUGCCAUAAAACGUUUUUCAGAUGGCCUGCGUAGCGCAAAAAUGAGCACCAUCAUCUCAGCACGCGGCUUCAGCAGCUUGAAAGAUGCCAUACAAGCAGCAAAAGACGAGGAGUGCACGUCUUUCCAACCACCAGGUAACAUUUUGUAUGCAUCUAAAAAUGGACGCCACUCGGCACACAAUAUUAGACGUUCUCAAGGUCAAAGAGGAAUUUACCGUAGUCAAUAUGGUAACAAUUACCAUCGUGGGCAUAAAUUUAAUAACCACUACAAUCAAGGACAAGGUUCUAGCGGAAAAACUAGAGCAAAUUAUCGUCCUUCAUAUAAUAAUCAACGAGGAAAUAGAGGCUCUAGGUAUGUUAGGAACCGUGGACGAGGUCAAAACUCAUUUCCAGUAGAAAAAGUAGCUGACACUCAUCAAUGCGAUAAAGACGACAAUGCAGACGGAGAAGAGAAACAAUCAAUUGAAGCAAUUUGUGCAAAAUAUUCUGACAUUUUUCAUUUAGAAGGAGAUAAGUUAACGACAACUAAUAUUUAUGAGCAAUCUAUUGUUUUAAAACAAAACUCUACUCCAGUUUACGUCAAGCCUUAUAGGUUACCAUAG